AUGGCAGACAUCAACCUCCAAGCAAUCCACGACGAAAUGGUCCUCGUCGCCUACGAAGCCGGCCGCACCAUUCUCUCUGCGAACCCGGCAGACAUUGGCACGGGAACAAAGCUCAACUCCGUCGACAUCGUCACAGAAGUCGACCAGGCCGUCGAGAAAAUGGUCUCGUCCCGCCUCAAGGCCGCCUACCCCGACUUUUCCUUCAUGGGCGAGGAGACGUACAAGCCCGGCACGAAAAUCGGCCCCGAACCGACCUUUAUCGUCGACCCCAUCGAUGGAACAACAAACUUUGUCCACUCCUUCCCCAACGCAUGCAUAUCCCUCGGCCUCGCCCUCCACCGCAAACCCGUCAUAGGCAUCAUCUACAACCCCUACCAAGACCUCCUCUUCACAGCAAUCAAGUCCCACGGCGCAUACAUGACCCGCAUCAAGGGUUCCGCGCCGCAGAAGCUCCCCCUCGCCGCAUCCCCGCGUCCGCUCGCGGGCUUGUCCAAUGCCCUCGUCGCCGUGGAAUGGGGCUCCAGCCGCGACGGCCCCAACUACGACCUCAAGACGGACGUCUUCAAGAAGUUGGCCGCUACAAGGGAGACCGGCGGCGCAAUGGUCCAUUCGCUGCGGUCGUUGGGCUCUGCGGCGCUGAAUAUCGCGGCUGUGGCGGCGGGCCAGAUGGAUGCGUAUUGGGAGGGCGGGUGCUGGGCGUGGGAUGUCUGCGCGGGCUGGUGCAUCCUCGAGGAGGCGGGCGGCAUCAUGGUGAGCGGCAACCCGGGAGAGUGGAAUCCGGCCGUGGAUGAGAGGGUCUAUCUCGCCGUCAGGGGGGCGCCGGCCGGGCAGAGGGAGCUCGUGGAGGAGUUUUGGGGCGUCAUUGGCGAUAGGAAGAUGGACUACUCUGUCUAA